AUGGCACCGCCUCUUAACAACCCCAACUACCAGCCCCAGCAGCAGAACCCCAAUUACCAGACCAGAAAUAAUGACGAACCGUCCAAUGCGUGUCUCUACGUCCUUGCCGUCUUCUUCCCCUUCGUCGCCGUGGGAAUCAAAAGAGGAGGCUGCUCGGGAGAGAUGUGGCUAUGUUUACUCCUGUCCUACUUCUUCUACAUCCCAGGGUUGAUCUAUGCCAUCUACAUCAUCCAGCAGGACUCAGACAAAAGGCGAGCCCAGGACGUUGAGCAUAUGGGACAGGGCUAUGCUACACAGUACCAGCAACCCCAACCCAUCCAGCCACACUACAACCAGCAGCCCCUGCACCAGCAGCAGGCUUACCCUACUGAAGGCACAUACCCCCAAGUCGCUCCUGCUAAGCAUGAGCCUGCGCCCAUGACUCAGCCUCCUGUCAACCAACAUUCUGGCGUUGCUCCUCAGAUGCAUUCCGGUAUUUCUCCCCAGGCCCCUCCUCCUACCUACGCUGAGGGUCCCUCACAGCCUCUCCAUGAGAAGGCUCAGUAUGUUCCUCCCAACUAA